UUGCUGUUACAGCGCAAAGAGGGAGCGCGGAGUCGGGACACCCGCUGUGGAAGCCGUCGGGUGUUCGGAGAGCCGCGGAGGCGGAAAAAGGGGCGCGAGAGGGAGGAAGAGCGACGAUGAACCGUAAUUUCCGCCUGUGAGUGAAAGGAACCGGAAAGUGGAGCGCGAGCGAGGGAAUGGAGGUGCCGACUGGACGGUGCAGCCAUGGCUGAGAUCUCGGCCUCGACCCCCUCACCCUCAGGUCCCAGUAGCUCUCAUGUAGCCGCCCCCUCGCCCACCGACGAGCCCCGGAUUCCCGCUGCAAUGGGGUCCCCUGCGAUGCCGCCGGGGCUCGGGACACCUCCCCCUGGACCGUGGGAUGGGCAAGGCCUGCCCUGUGCUCCGACCGAGGGACCGGCGUCGGUGUCCAGCUCAUCUCUGAUACAAGAGACCCAGAGGGAUGGCGGUGCUGAGGAAGACGGCAGGGAGCUGCAUCCUCUGCACACUCCUAGUCUUCGCUGCAGCCCUGCUGCUUGCGUCCGCGCUGCGGCGAACGAGAACCCGAACCCCACUGGCCACACAGAGCUGCCUGGUACCCGCCGGGCGCCCGGGGGUCUCCCUGUCCGCACGCCAACACCGCCACAUACAAGCCAGACAGUAGCAACGGUGCCGGUGAGACACGUGUCCUCAGUGUUAGCGAUAACCAUAACGGGAAGCUUACCUGCGGCACCGAAUGCCCAGGAGCCGCUUUCGGAUCACGAGGGAGCUCACCCAGCAACCGUUUCCCUGGCGAAACCCCCACGGAGCCCCCAAGUGGGACACUGUCCCCCAGUUCCAGUCGUACAGGAGCCGCCCCCUACCCUGGUCUUGCCGAAGCCCCAGCAGGAGACGGUGUCCGACAGCCUGAGCUACCUGGAGUCGGCGAGCCUCAUGUCCGGGACGCUCGAGUCGCUGUCCGGCCUGGGGGAGGACGGCAGCUCCCUGGGCUCCGACUCGGAGGUGAAUGGUCUGGUGUUCCGGCGCACCGACAAGUACGGCUUUCUGGGGGGAGCCCAGUACAGCGAAGGCAGUGCAUGUGAGCUCCGAGUGGACGUGGCCAGGCAGAGGGAGAUGAAGUGGUUGGACAUGUUCAGCAACUGGGACAAGUGGAUGUUGCAGCGUUUCCAGAAGGUGAAGAUGCGCUGCAGGAAGGGCAUCCCCUCCUCCCUCAGGGCCAAGGCCUGGCAGCUGCUCUCCAACAGCCAGGAGCUGCUGGACUCCAACCCUGGCAAGUUUGAGGCCCUGGAGAGAGAGCAAGGAGACCCCAAGUGGCUGGACAUCAUCGAGAAGGACCUGCACAGACAGUUCCCCUUCCACGAGAUGUUUGCGGCGCGCGGAGGACACGGUCAGCAGGACCUGUAUCGCAUCCUGAAGGCCUACACCGUGUACCGGCCCCACGAGGGUUACUGCCAGGCCCAGGCGCCCGUGGCGGCCGUGCUGCUCAUGCACAUGCCUGCUGAACAAGCUUUCUGGUGUCUCGUGCAGAUCUGUGAAACCUACCUGCCUGGUUACUACAGCGCUGGUUUGGAGGCGAUUCAGCUGGACGGUGACAUCUUCUUUUCCCUGCUGCGGCGCUUCUGCCCCAUGGCAUAUCGCCACCUGAAGAAGUUCAAAAUCGACCCCAUCCUCUACAUGACCGAGUGGUUCAUGUGCAUCUUCUCGCGCAGCCUACCCUGGGCCUGCGUGCUGCGCGUCUGGGACAUGUUCUUCUGCGAAGGGGUCAAGAUCAUCUUUCGGGUCGGUUUGGUGCUGCUGAGGCAGAUGCUGGGCUCCAUGGACAAGCUGCGGGAACUUCAGGGCAUGUAUGAGACCGUGGAGCGGCUGAGGAACAUCUCGCCCGAGAGCAUCAGGGAGGAAUUGCUAGUCCAAGAGGUGGUUUCCCUGCCAGUGACCGAGGCCCUCGUUGAGCGCGAGUGCAGCAUCCAGGUGUGCAAGUGGAGGGAGUCGCGCGGGGAGCUCUGCCACAACCCGGGACGCCGGCUUCACGGCACCCGCGCCAUCUACGAGCUCAAACGCCGCUCUGGCUCCUUCCGCCCCAGGGGCAGCUUCUCCUUCUUAGGGGGCCCCGUUGCUUCCCCAGGCCCCCUCAGGGCCUCCUCCAGCGUCCUCUCGCUGCCCGGCUUCCGCAAGUCCAAAGCUCCUUUCCAGUUUCCCGUGAACAAGGGCUCCUUCUCCGGGAGCUCGGUGUCGGAGUCAAAGCUCACCCCUGGGGGAGGCAUCCCAGGCCGGUGCCAGGCUCAGCCUGCGGAGAGCGGCGCGAUUAGUCCGGCUCGCGCCUCCGCUCACGGUCCCAUCGCGGGCGAGGCCGAUGCCUUGGCCCCCGGAGAAGAGGAGGCGCGAAGGAAGAAGAGCAAAGAGGAGAAGAAGAAGGAGAAGGAGGAGGAGAAACAGAGGUCCCGGGAGCAGAAGGAGAGGGAGAAGGUGGAGAAGGUGAGGCUCAAGAAGGAGAAGAAGGACAAGGGAGGAGCGUAGCAGGAGGACAGGAGACCCGUAGCGCCGCUAUCGGGGCAGGAUGCGGACUGCGGCCCGCGGCAUUCCCAGCGUCUGCUUUUGGAUCCCCCCCCGCCACUGAGACGCGCUUCUCCCCGACCUGAACGAGACUUAACGUAGCGUGACCGUCAUCGGGCAUCUCGUACCGUGUCGAUGGAGAGCGUGGCUCCGAGGUCGGGCGCAGGCAGCGUGCACGUCGUCACGGCGGUGAAAUGUAAAACCCGUCCGAUGUUGGACACAGAGCUGGACUACGUGUUCGCUCUUCAGCGGUGCUUUUCAGUAGUCGUCACGUGACUGCUGCGGGCUGCCUCAUUUCUUCUCUGUCGUCCUUUACCUCCCUCCAGCUCUUCUGCGCUGUCUGUCUACAUUGUGCGUAUACGUUGCGUGUGUACGGCCCGGUGCUCAGCGCUCUCUAUGCAGCAGUGUACAGCCGUGUACACGAAACACGGUAAAAGAUGGUCGGAUCCAGGGACGAGGCAACGCCACAGCUGUUGCUACUCAGUAUUUUUGUGUUUUUUUUUUUCAAGCAGUAUUUUUUUUUUUUUUUUUUUUUUUUUUUCAGUGUAAUUGUUUUUUUGUGCACACUCACUUCUCCGAAGAGUGCGUUUACACAUCUUUCUGGUAAACUCUGUCCUCGGAGAAUAAACCGGGAAUCUUUAACAUCUGCAGAAGUGGAAAAAUCCUUUGCUGCACUUUUGUUUGAAAUGUUGACCCUGUCAGGAAAAGCACUUUAUGGAUGUCAGCACUAAUAAUAUUAUUGGGCUCUAAUCUGCAGCCAGAGCAAACAGAUGUGGGGAUGUACAAGUUUUGUUUGUUUGUUUUGUUUUACUUAUUUAAUUUUAUUUAUUACAGUUACAAUAAACAAGUAGGACUCAUGUCCAGCUCACCUGACCUUCGGAAAACCAGCUGAGCUGCUAACGACAGGAGGAUAGAAUUUAAUAACACUAUAAAACAUGUAUGAUGUGUUAGUGAAGUCAUGUUCAGCAACACCUGGCUACCUGGGAUAACCGGAAGCUCUAGCGUUUCACACGAGCUGCUCGUACUGGUGACGCGUUACUGGAGCUUGUACUGGAACUACUGAAAACAAAACCCAGCGUCACACCGCAAUACACCACUCGUUCCAAUGUGUGUUACUGCUGCAAGCGCUGCGUUCCGGCAGCUAGCGAAAACACACGCUCGUCUCUGCUUUUUCCUCUUUGGUGACGUGAUAAUGGUAAUAUUUCCAUCUGUGUCACUCCUAGAAAUGCUGGUUCUAUCGCGGUAACGCUGCUUUAACCCCCAGACUAGAUAGAGCUAAAGUACUGUUUUCUCACUGGGACCAGAUAUCCAAGUGGUUUUUGUAGACGUGUCGGUUUGAAAUGUGCAGAUGAAUAGACUGGAGUUCGGGGGGGACGAGGGGACGACACACACGUGCACUUUGGGAAUAAAGAGAAAAGGUAUCACUCCUGUCACCGGCAGCGUUAACCAGACCAUUAAUAAAUGUGACAGCCAUACUGUGGAGUGAACGUAUAUGAUAGAUCACUUUUAAUUUCUUUUAAAUGAGCAUUUUACAGUGUACUACAUACAAAGUAUUGCGGGUUUCGGUACUCUGUUGCACUUGUACAGGACGUGUGCUGUGUGUGGCCAUACUCUGUCUGGAAUAGACAAUGUGUUCAGUGUGCGUCUGUGUUUCUUUUUCUUUUUUACUUUCUUUCACUGCACAACUGGAAAUGUCUGAUUUGGGAGCUUUAUGGGUGUUGGGUUUAAGGGGGAGGGAGAGAAUGUUCUGGAAGGAUUUGCUUGCACUGCUGGAAGACGUCGUGAUGUACCGCUUUGUUUUGAGUUCCGGAUCGAUCCCAAUAAAGUUACACCCAGUGUUAAGGAAAA